AUGGCUUAUCAAAGGGGUAACCGGAAGCCGUUAUUGUCUGAAGGCCAAGAAAAGCCAAAUAAUUCGGCAACGUAUGUUUUGAAGAGUCUAUACACGGAUGGUGAAGAUCACAGGCUAAGGGAGAUACAGGAGGCACUGAAGCGCUUGAAAAAGCUUAUGCUACGGACCGACGCUUUACAUAGUGACAUCCUGAGCGAUCUUCGAUCAUAUGUGACCUUGUGUUUGAAUAAUCAAACAGGACAUUCACCAUCAUGUAACGGUAAUAAUUGUAAGCAGCAGCUCUGUUGUCUUUUUCCGCAAUUACAACGCAGCUGUUUAGGGGCUCGGCUUGCAAAUGGACAAAUUAUCAAAACCUCCAAAAGGUGGCAUAAUUUAACGAAUCAGUGCAACAUGGCGUAUUUUGCGUUUACGGACGCCCCUCGCAACGUGAAGGAAGGUAUUGACUGGCUGAUAGCCCUGAAAGGAACUGAUCCAGAAAACAACAUAAAGGCUAUAGGUGAGGCAAUUCACAAGUUUCUCGCAGACAAGCCUGUCGGAAAGAUGAAGAUUCCAGCCCUCGAGCGAAUCAAAUGCAUAUCUAAAAAUUUUUUGCAGCAGGAGAGUAUAAAAGACUGCCCGUUGGUAAAUGACAUGCUGAGAAAAUUCAAUAAGGCGUGGGAUAAAAGUGCCGGUAAAUGGCUCAAGCGCUUGUUUCGUAUCUACGAAAGCGAUUACAAGAACGUCAUACAGUCCAAGGGUCUCACCGCCGAAACGAUUUCAAACAACCUAGGCAAGGUUGUAUACGCUUGUGAGGAGUUUCUGCGAGGUAUCAAAGUCCCCGGCCAGUAUAGGUCUGCUUACAGUUCGGAAGCAAUGUUCUAUGCAGCAUGCGCCAAAUUCCCUGAAGCUUGCGCAGUUGUUGUCGUGGGUAUUGCGCCAAUGUUGUACGUAGGCCUACAGUCCUUGAGUGAUGCAAGCGUAGAUGCAUUUUUGAGGUGGCCGCCCUUUACUGCGUACAAUCGUAUGCAAGAGGUGUUAAAAGCCGUGGGAUACGUAGAACCGGGGUGCCGCCGUGGCAUGAAGGCUUCGCAUAUCCUCAGUGCGUUUAGAGGUUUUAAUUUGCGCAUAUUUAAGAACAUUUAUGAUUUCGCGGGGUUUUGGGCUUUCUAUUGA